AUCAGUUCGGACUGGGAUUUUAUGUUUGCUCUGAAAAUCAGGAAUUUCGACAAACAGUAUGUGGGCGAUUCGACGAACUUCCAUUCAUCUGUCACCAAUUUCUCAAUUCUUACCCCAUACUGUUUUUCUUUCUCAGAGGGAAAGCCGCGCUUUAAAUUCCAGGACCUCCCGAGUUAGAUAUGUGAAUUCAGAGAUAUCAGGUUGUUGUUUUGAGAGUUGCAAUGGUGAAACUACUGAAUCUCGAGGAAAAUUAUUGGAUGCAUCAAUGUGCUCAAAAAGAUUCUGCAACACAUUUGUUCCUUCAAAAUCGUGCUCGAAAGCUCACAAAUUUUGUUCCCAGGCUGGUGCUGAGCAUGAUGAUGUUUUUCCUGUGCUUCGAGCUCGACAAGGUGCAGUCGAGGAGUCUGCAGUCGAGGAGUCUGCAUCUGGAGAUGAGAUGGAUGAUGAGUUCACUCUGGGUGAGAGUCUUGCUGAUGAUACCGAGGCUGAUGUCGGCAAGGAGAAAACGCAUAAAAUUAGAGCCCCUUCGGGCAUGACUAGGGCUAUACUUGCUGAUACGAGGUUACCGGUGAGCAAGGCUUUGGAGAAGUGGGUUGAAGCUGGGAAUGAGGUGACCCUUGCAGAAGUAUCAACAAACAUAUUGUAUUUUCGGAAGAGGAGAAUGUUCAGCCAGGCCUUGCAGCUCUCCGAGUGGCUGGAGUCAAGCAAGCUUACUGAGUUAACUGAAAGCAAUUAUGCUUCUCGUGUUGAUUUAAUAGCCAAGGUACGUGGGAUAGUUGAGGCAGAAAAGUACAUUCAGCAGAUUAUUCCCGAAUCUCUAAGAACUGAAGUUGUCUACCGAACUCUAUUGGCAGCUUGUGGCACUGCAGUCGAUGUGAACAAAGCUGAGGAGCUUUUCAGUAAAAUGAAGGAGUUGUUCCCCAUUUCAUGCUUUUCUUGUGACCAGUUGCUACUUCUGUACAAGAGGACGAACCGGAACAAAAUCGCUGAUGUCUUGUCGUUGAUGAAGAGAGAAAAUAUCAAACGGUCUAGUUUCACUUACAAGAUUUUGAUUGACGCGAAGUGGCAGUCUGGUCAUAUCAGUGGGAUUGAGCGGCUUUUUGAAGAAAUGAAGUCCGACGGUUUAGAACCUAGUAUGCAUAUUCUGGCGUCUGUGGCCAAGUCUUAUCUCGACAACGGCCUGAAAGCUAAGGCUAAGGCUGUAUUGAAGGAUAUGGAAGGGGGCGAUUUGACUGAGAAUCGUUGGGCUUGUCGGUUUCUGCUUCCCAUUUAUGGUUCCCUUGGAAGGGAAGACGAAGUUGAGAGAAUCUGGAGAGAAUGUGAGUCCAAUCCCGAUAUGGCGGAGUGCAUAGCUGGCAUCCAAGCAUGGGGGCGGCUCAACAGAAUCGAAGAUGCUGAGGCGGUCUUCAACAAAUUGCUGAGAAUUGUGAGGAGGCCCUCUUCAAAGCAUUAUUCCCUGAUGCUAAAUAUGUAUGCAGACAACAAGAUGCUGGAUAAAGGGGAGGAGGUCGUGAAGCGUAUGACGGAGAGCGGUGUCACAAUCACGCCACCAGCCUGGCGCGCGCUUGUGAACCUUUAUGCUCGAGGUGGAGAAGUGGGAAGAGCCGAAUCCAUUCUUCAGAAGGGCCUUGGCGGUAGAAGGGGAAUGCAUCUUCUUGGUGCUUUCUUGAGUAUCUUGGAUGCUUAUGCAGAAAAAGGAGAUGUGCAAAAUGCAGAGAGGAUGUUUCUAAAGAUGAAACGGACCGGUUUCACGUCGUCAGCAAGGCCUUAUCGGUCCCUCCUCUAUGCGUACAUCAACGCGAAAGUGCCGGCGUAUGGGUUGAGGGAGAGGAUGAAGUCUGAUAAUAUAAUCCCAGAUCAAAAACUAGCUGGUUUAUUGGCUCGAGCAAGUAAAUUGGAUGGUUUAGGAGUGAACAAGGACAUUUGAUGGUUUUUCUUAGCUCUGACCCUAUUCUACCUGUAAUACAUGACUAGUGAAUGCUUAACUAUGAUAUCGUUUACUUAUUACUAUAACCAAAUUUGAAUUUCAGGAUUUCAUUGAUUUAUUUA